AUGUGCGGUGGAGAAGACCCAGAAGAGCCAAAGACCUCAAAGUCGGCAAGGAGGUCUUGUAAGACUGUUAGGAAGGGUGCCUCUGCUGCCAAGAGGAGUAUCGUUGCUUCCAAGCAAAGGGCCUCUACUAGGCGGACUCUCCCGCAGCUGGAACAGGCCAUCAAAGUGUCCAGGACGGCUACGGCGAUGCAACCGAUCGAUCCGGCCGACAGAGUGAAUGACUGGACCCAAGAAAGUGAAGACAGGGCUUUCACUCGUUCGUUUUACGGGUCAAGCAAUGACUUCCGAAAAGGAAAGUCCAGGCAAACAAGCAGCAUUGGCAGUGACAUGAGCAGGCGUGGCCACAAUGGCUCAGACGAGUCCUGGAGAUCCUGGUGGUAA